AUGCGUACUAGUCCUGUACCUCGUGGCUUAUUCUGGCAUCAGCAGCAGCAGCAACAACAGCAGCAGUACCAGAAUAAGCAACCUCAUCUGCAGCAGCAGCAGCAGCAGCAGCAUUUGCUGCAGCAACCGCAGCAGCAGCAUUUGCUGCAGCAAAAAAGAUAUAUAUCCUUAUAUGAGUACCAAGCUUAUGACUUAUUACGUGAAUAUGAUUUACCUUUACCUCUUUAUAAAGUUGCACGUACACCCCAAGAGGCAUACGAAGCAGCAAUAGAGCUGCAGCAGCAGCUGCAGCAGCAGCAGCAGCAGCAGCAGCAGCAGCAGCAGGAAGUACAGCAUCAAGGACAGCAACAAGGACAGCAGCAGCAGCAGCAGCAGCAGGAGAAUGCAUUAGUAGUUAAGGCACAAAUACUAGCAGGAGGAAGGGGUUUAGGUUCUCGUGGAGGUACAAGUAUAGAAGAAAUCGCAAAAGAAGAUCCAAUGUCUAUCCUUAAAAUACCUAUUGAUAUAGAUGAAGGUAUAAAUGAUGAGAUAAUAGAUCAAGUAUAUCAUGAUAGUUUGCCAUUAACAGCAGCAGCAGCAGGAGGAGGAGGACAACAGCAGCAGCAGCAGCAGCAGCAGCAGGAGCAGCAACAGCAGCAACAACAACAACAAGAUGAUUUAGAUGAUGAGGAAAAAGAAUUAAUAAUAAAUAAAGAAUUAGGUAUAAAUUAUAUAAAAUUAAUAGGGGAUAUAGGUAUAUUAGUAAAUGGUGCUGGAUUAGCCAUGGCAACAAAUGAUCUUAUUAAACAAAAAAAAGGAUUUGCUGCUAAUUUCUUGGAUAUAGGUGGAGGUGCAGCACAGCAGCAACAUAUUAUUAAUUAUGCAUUAUCUAUACUUAUUCAUCAAGGGGAUAUAUACAAGGGAGAGGAAGAAGGAGGAGAGGGGGGAGGAGGAGAGGGAGGAGGAGAGGGGGGAGAAGAAGGAGAGGGAGGAGAAAAAAAAAAGAAAAAAAAUCAUUAUUUUCUUGCUAAUAAUGAGGAGGAGAAAGGAGAUAAAAAAGGAAAAAAUAUAUUUAUAAAUAAACAAGAAGGAGAAGGAGGAGAAGAAGGAGAAGGAGGAGAAGAAGGAGAAGGAGGAGAAGAAGAAGGAGGAGAAGGAGAAGGAGGAGAAGGAGAGGGAGGAGAAGGAGAAGAAGGAGGAGAAGAAAAGGAGAAAAUAAAUUGUUUAUUUAUAAAUAUAUUUGGUGGUAUAAUUAAGUGUGAUUUAAUUGCUAAGUGUCUCCUUAAUACUAUUUAUUAUUAUAAACCUAUUAUACCUAUUGUAGUAAGAUUAGAGGGAACAAACAGAGAAAAGGCAGAAGAAUUAUUAAAAAAUGCAUUUAAGGAUAGUCAGCAGCAGCAGCAGCAGCAGCAGCAGCAGCAGCAGCAGCAGCAGCAGCAGAAGCAGCAGAAGCAUUAUUGUCCACAUAUAGAGGCAAUAAGUGACUUUGAUGCUGCAGCAGAGAGAGCUGUUGAGUUAGCUAGGCAGUAUCGUCUCCUACGCCGGCAGCGGCUGCAGCAGCAGCAGCAGCUGCAGCACUAG